AUGCCUAUCGAAUUUGUUUGUAAGAUCAAAUUCGCAGAGGAGGACGAGAAGCAGAAAAGCCAGCAGGAUGGGGACAGGGAGAGUCUGAUCGAGGAGAGCUGCGCCCCCCCGGCCAAGGACUUGGCGGGGUUUGCCAACUCCUGCUCCCUCCAUGGGAUUAACCACAUCUUUGUCUCCGGCCGCCUGGGCGUCCGACAGACUCUCUGGACUCUUGCCUUUUUGACAUCACUGGCGCUGUUUAUGUACCAGGCAGCAAAGUGUGCCGUCUCUUACCUGGAGCACCCCCACGUCACAGCUCUGAACGAGGAGGCGACCCCCGAGAUGGUUUUCCCCGCCGUGACCAUCUGCAACAUCAACCGCUUCCGCUUUUCCGCGCUCACCGACGCCGACAUUUACCACCUGGCCAACCUGACAGGUCUGCCCCCCAAGAACAGAGACGGACACAAGCCCACAGAUCUGAUGUACCCAGCCCCCGACAUGCAGGACAUCUUCAACAGGACCGGACAUCAGCUGGACGAGAUGCUGAUGAGCUGCAACUUCAGUGGUCAGAACUGCUCAGCCGACGACUUCACGGUGGUUUACACCAGAUAUGGGAAAUGCUACACCUUUAAUGGCAACAGGACCACAUCCAGGAAAACCAAGCAGGGCGGAAUGGGGAACGGUCUGGAGAUCAUGUUGGAUAUACAGCAGGAUGAAUAUCUUCCCAUCUGGAGAGAGACAAAUGAGACGUCUCUGGAGGCCGGGAUCCGUGUUCAAAUCCACAGUCAAGACGAGCCUCCCUACAUCCACCAGCUGGGCUUCGGAGUCUCCCCGGGAUUCCAGACCUUUGUUUCAUGUCAGGAGCAGAGGCUGACCUACCUGCCCCAGCCCUGGGGCAACUGUCGCUCCACCAGCAAGGAGAAGUUCCCAGGGUACGACACGUACAGCAUCAGCGCCUGUCGGUUGCUGUGUGAGACCAACGAGGUCCAGCGAGUGUGUAACUGCAGGAUGGUGCACAUGCCCGGAACUGCAGAUAUCUGCCCUCCCAGUAAAAUCAACUGUGUUGACAAAGCACUGGCACAGCUACAGAAGAACAGUGGGGACACCUGUCCAUGUGAGACUCCCUGCAACCUCACCCGCUACGGCAAAGAGCUCUCCAUGGUCAAAAUCCCCAGCAAAGGCUCGGCGCGCUAUCUGUCCAGGAAGUACGACAAGUCUGAGGAGUACAUCAGAGACAACUUCCUGGUCCUGGACGUCUUCUUUGAAGCCCUGAACUAUGAAACUAUAGAACAGAAGAAAGCCUAUGAUGUUGCAGGGUUGUUAGGAGACAUUGGUGGACAGAUGGGUCUCUUCAUCGGAGCCAGCAUCCUGACUGUCCUGGAAAUACUGGAUUAUAUCUAUGAGGUGAUUAAGAAACGGCUCCAGCGUUUGCUGCGGCCGCAGAAAGAAGAGAAGAAAACGAAGCAGCAGAUCAGCACUGUGUCAACAGUCGGUCUGGAGGAAAUGAAAACAAAGGAACCUCAUGACACAACACGGAAUCACCCAGAGGGGGCGUAUGCCAACACAGUUCUCCCGAACCACCACCACCGCCCGCACCAACACCACAGCGGGCCUCACGGUGUGUUUGAGGACUUUGCCUGCUAA